AUGCACUUUUCUACCAUCUUCUCUGUCACUAUUCUCGCCGCUCUCCCAUUUGCCAUUGCAGGCAUGAGGAUUUUUGAGCGUGACAUUACUGAUUCACAGGUCUACUGUGGCCCUAGUCAAUCCCAGCACAUGAAACUCUGCUUGGGCUGCCGGCUCAAACGUCUGCCAAGGAUCCCAAAUUUACCAUCACUUUCCUACAGCUACAUGAAUGGCUUGAAUUUCGACGAACCUGCUUACAAUGUGGCUUGUCACGGAAACUGCUGCGCCUACUACAUCAGCGGCUCCAACACCAAUCCGAAUUUCGAUGAAGAUUUGAUCAGAUCCAGGGCUGCGAGCCUCCUUGGCUGUGGUGACACCCAGAAAAACACGAUCAACGGUCUGCAAGUAACUCCAAUAGACGGCUCCGGAGUCUGUCUCAGUAACGGUAACGGCUGUGGCGAUCGCUUCGAUGGUGCGUCCGCCAGUGUGACACUUCCUGCUCACUCUCACACUGUCUUGCUAUGCUUUCCGGACGAUGACUUCGAGUAG